AUGGCGAAACUUCCAAUUUCCAAUGACAGCCCAUCAUCGUCGCUUCUGUCUCUUCCAGCCUUUCGAAGUUUUAUCUGGCCCACUCAUGUCCGGCUUCGCUUCUUCGUCUCAAGGGACUCUGAAGACUCAUUCUCAGUGUUUAUCAGGCUGGAAAUGGCCAGAGGAGAGCGUCACGGACAAAGGAGAUUUGGUUCAAUGAAAGCAGCCAAUGGAAGGCAAAGAGAAGCAGUUCUUGAAGGCAAUUCUACAUUGAAGAAACCUCAAAGGUCUUUAUCAGAGAGAUUGUCUCCAAGAAGAACAGAGAUUCAUCGGCUGAGGAGGGCGAUCAGUCAGUCGAGAGAAUCUGGGCUUGUUGACGCAAGGAAGAUGGUGAGGGAUCUGGCUUCAAGAAUGGAAGAGUCCAAUUCCAAAGAGAAGGCUCAUAAACUGGAAGGAGGUGAAGAAGAAUGGGAAUCGGCUGUUGAAGACACAGAGAAUCAUCAUUACGCAGAAGUGAUGAGAGAACUGGAAUUUGUGAAGCAGGAACUGAGCAAGCUCAAGCUUGAAAUGGCUUCCGUUUUGGAAGAGAGGAGUACAGCAGAGAACGUGACUGAAGCAUCGAGUUCAAAAAUAUUGCCUUAUUUAAGCCCUGCAGCUGUCUGGAGGAAGGAGAUUGAAGAAUUCAACGAACAACAAUUGCAGGUAGAAGCCAUUGACGCUCAUGGAAAAGAAGAAAAGGGUGAAUUUUCAUUCGCAGUGGAGAACGCGAGGAAGAAAAUGAACGACAUUCUCCAGGAAAGUGACCGUGCAAAGAAGAUCGAAAUGGAACUUGCUGUUAUAACUUAUGAUGUGAAAAUGUUGGAGGACGGACUGAAUAUGGCAAAAGAAACAAAAAAGAGGGAAUCGGAAUCUCCAUUGGAGUUACAGUCUGUCAUUGAAGAACUGGAGGCGGCGAAGAAAGAACUAGAGUCGACUAAGGAAGAAGGAUUUCAGUUCACGGCGUCGAUGGACGUCAUAAGAAACGAGCUCAAGCAUGUCUCGGAAGAACUGGCUCGAUUGCAGAAAACCGAAGGAAACAUAGAUGCGAGUGUUCAACUUCUGAAUUCGAAGCUUCCCAGAGCAAAUUCGAAGCUGGAAUCCGUUUCUGCGGCGGAGGAAAAGGCCACGACGAUCGUGUCCAAUCUAUCGCUCUCUCUCGAACAACUGAAAACGGAAGCCGAGGCGGCGAAGAAGGAGAAGGAGCUCAUCUCCGAGCAAACAUUGAGCAUGAAGGCUGAAAUUCAGAGAACCGAGUCACAAAUUGGAUUAGCCGAGGAAAGAUUGCAGGCGGCCAUGCGAGAGCUUGAAGCUGUGAAAUCAUCAGAAUCAACGGCUCUUGAGAAUUUAAGAUCGUUGAUAGAGAAGACGAACGGAGCUAGGGCAUCUGGUUCUGCGUGUCAUCACAGCUCGACGACAACCAUCUCGAAGUUCGAAUACGAGUACUUAACUGGACGUGCGGUUGGAACCGAAGACAUCGCAGAUAAAAAGGUUGCAGCGGCUCAGGCAUGGAUCGAAGCUCUGAAAGCAAACGUAAAGGAGAUACUGAUGAAAACUGAACUGGCUCACAGAAAAAUCAGAGAACGAAAGGUAGAGGAAGAGGAAGAGGAAGAAACCUAUAAAACAGAGAAGCCGCUUCCACAAAAGAGAGCGGUUGAGACAGAGAGACAGAUUUGGAGGGAGAAAACCGAUGGGAGACAACCGGGAACACAGAAAUUACAGCUUCAGGUGAAAGGGAACCGCAAUUCAACGGCGUCGGCAAGAAGAGGAAGGUCCCGGAAAACUGCAUCGCCGGCAACUCAGCAUACGCCGGGAUUGGGUAAUCCUUCCAGUACCAAGAGAAAAGAGAAGGCAUUGCCAAUUCUAGCAAGUUCCUACUAUAACAAGAGCGUUAAUAAGGACCAUUGA